GUAUGCGAAUACGUUGAGUAGGAAGUUAGUCGGAUUUUCUUUGCUCUGCUGAUGAACCAAAUCUGUUCGGCGAGUUUGGCUUACCGAGAGUACCUCUUUUAAUUGUCACGUAAUCACUAAAAGUAAUUUACUUUUGCUGAGAUUCACCGACGUUGGAUGUGCAGUUUAUAUAUCUUUUAUUUAUUGUUAAUCGGAAGCCAAUCCAUUGACUCGUUAAGUUCCGAAAAAGCCUUCGAGCGGACUGGGCCACUUCACCCGGGGGCCGUCAUAUUUAAUCUGAUCAGUUGGCCUUCCCCUGGUUGACUCUAGUUUCUUUAGGACCAUGAUUAAAGAGGCGAACUUCUGGGGAAACGAUUUCGUGAUGUCGGGCAGCGAUUGCGGCCACGUGUUCGUCUGGGAGAAGGCGACCGCGAGACUGUGCAUGUUGCUCGAGGCGGACCACCACGUGGUCAAUUGCCUGCAACCGCACCCCUAUUUGCCUUUGUUGGUCACCGCCGGCACAGAUUACGACGUCAAGCUGUGGGCGCCGAUCAACGACGAGUCGGGGUUCGACGAGAAAUUCGCUGAAGAUCUGAAAAAGAGGAAUGCGAUUAUGUUGGAAGAGACCAGAGACACAAUGACCGUACCCGCCGGUUUUAUGAUCAGAAUGAUGGCGUGUCUCAAUCACAUACGCAGAGGUAGUGAAAAUUUAUAAUACUCCCCAAGACCUACUGAUAGUUCACUACGGUAGUAGUAUGACUGGCGACAUGUAAUUAAGAAAAAUUAAUGUACCGAAGAGUUUGGCAGCUUUCCUUGUCACGAGCAGGUAUUCAAGCACACACACAACGGUGUACAGAGUUUUGUCUGGACCUUUGUUUCACGUUGCGGUUCUGUUCAGCUUCGUAGCACAAUCAUUUUUUCUAUUCGUUAAAAAAAUCUUCAUCCUUGUAUCUGUUUCUGUUUACGAUUUUUCUUUUUCCUAUAUAUUUUUUUUCUUUCUUUUCGUUCCUCCUUAAGGAUUGUAUAGAGAAGUAUUUUUAUAGCUUGUACGUGUAUGUACAUAUA